AUGCCUCUUUAGAUAUGGGGUCCCAAACUAUCUCAUCCAUGGCUUUCUUUUAGCAAAAAAAAAAAAAAGUUAGGUGUUAAUACUGUUAAGAGUAAUUGGAUUCGUUGAUCAGUUUCAUAUAUUUAGCUACAUAUAGUAAAGAAAAUCACGAGCAUAGACUUCAUAUAGUAUAUUGCUAGGAAUACUGCAAACAGAAAAACAAUAUGGUGAACAUUGUGACUGUUGCUUGGUCAUUGAUCAGUUGGACAAUGAAGAUGGCUGGUGUAGUGAAGCCUUGCACAGUGGAGAUAGAGGCAGGUACAGUUAUGAGAUUCUGGGUUCCAUCUCAAACCAUUCCAAAACCUACCAAGCCAGUAGUUGUUCUCCUCCACGCCUUCUGCGCCGACGGACUUGCAAAUUGGAUGUUCCAAAUUAACAGUUUAUCUAAAAACUAUGCUGUAUAUGUGCCCGACUUUAUUUUCUUCGGCGGCUCUAUAACGGAUAAGCCGGAUCGGUCACUGAUUUUUCAAGCGGAGUGUUUGGCGAAGGGGUUAAAGAAACUCGGAGUGGAGAAAUGCGCUGUGGUUGGAUUGAGUUAUGGUGGAAUGGUGGCGUUUAAGAUGGCGGAAUUGUAUAGUGAACUAGUUCAAGCAGUGGUUAUAUCAAGCUCGGUUUUGGCUAUACAAGAGUCUAUGGUUAAUCGGGCAGUGGAAGAUAUUGGAUUUUCUUCUUGUUCGGAAAUGUUAUUACCGUCUUCUACGGAGGGGUUGAGAAUACUUCUUGCAGUUGUUGUAUACCGAAAUAUUUGGUUUCCUAACUGUAUGUUCAAUGACUUUCUUCAGGUGAUGUUCUCUAAUAGGAAGGAGCGAAGUGAGCUAUUAGAGGCAUUAGUCAUCAGCUACAAAGACAUCCACGUUCCAAAAUUUUCGCAACCAAUACAUCUUUUAUGGGGUGAGAAAGAUAAAAUUUUCAAACAGGAGAUCGCACACAAAAUAAAAGAGAGGCUAGGAAAUAACACAACAGUUGAAGUAAUAAAGAAAGCCGGCCACUUAGUUAAUUUGGAACGACCAUGUGUUUAUAAUAAGUGUCUAAACAAGUUUCUUUCUUCUGUUAUGUUUGAUGAAAAAAAAUAAUCCAGUUCACAUAUAUGAAUGUUUCAAAAGUGUGUUUGAUAAGUACUUAUUUAAUAAGUUACUAUUGCGCAACUGUAUCU